AUGGCUCUGCCUCCGCCCAACUAUUCCGACUUGGAGCUGCCCUCAUACGACACCACUGCUGCUCCCAACUACACAACCCCCACCACUAUAACCCGCCCUAAAGAUUCAAUCCUCGGCCCUGCAACGCUCUUCAUCGCAGGACGCUUCAUCUACUCAACCGAACCCCAAGACCCCCCGCUCUACGAAUUCUCCCACGACAUCAGCUACCUCCACGAUAACGAUCGCAAUGUCAAAGUCGAGCGCGUAGACCCCGUUACAAAGACAUCGGCCGGUCUUCCCCAGGUCGUGCUGAAAAACCGUCACCUCUUCGAUCUCAAGCAUCCCACUGCUGCCGAGUUCCCGUCUUUUCCGUACCAUGCCGAAGCUACCUCACAGCGAGCGCUAACAAGCUUUGGAGUGUCAUGUUUCCGCUCCGGUAAUAUUCUGCGGCAGCUCAAGGGCUUUCGGUUCGAGCGGAUGGUGAGAGGGCCAGGCCGCAAGUUUCGGGCGGAUGGUGUCCUGUACGAAGCUUGCGAAUCACGGAGUAAAGGCGUCGCAUAUGAGUGGAGAGACUGCUAUGGCGACAUAAUAGCGAGAGAAAUCCAGGAUGAACAAGGCCGUAUAAGUCUAUUCGUUACUGCAGAGAUGACCCAGGAACUUCGCGAUGCCCUCGUCACGGCGUGGGUGAUCAGGAUAUGGUCUGAGCUGUCGAAUGGAAACAAGUCGGCGACUCGUCUCAUGAUGGUGGGCUCUCGUCCAUGA